AUAAUUGUGUCUAUGACAUUGACAUUCGCAAAAUCCUUCGACUAAGAAAAGUGAUUUUCCUGAAAAUCUUCCAAAAUGUCCAUGUGGUCGGGUCUAAACCGCGGUAUUUUCAAGCGAACCUCCACGUUCUUCAUGGCCGUGGCGGCAGGCACCUUCUUCUUUGAAAGGACCUUCGAUUUAGUCUCUGAAACCAUCUUCGAGAGUAUAAACAAGGGUAAACUCUGGAAAGACAUCAAAGACAACUACCAGCCGCCAGCAGCUGAAUAACUCAAAUUAUAUAUGUAAUGGUAUAAUUUAUUAGUUUCAAUUAUUAAUUAAAUUAUGUAAAAACAA